AUGUUGAACUCAUUUUAUGUUCUAACUUUAAUAUUAGCGAAUUUUAUAUUUUACAAAAAUUGCCACAACCAAAAAUAUUUAAAAGUGUUAGGGGUAUAUAAUAUUAAGUUAAUCAAGAGAAGAAGUAGAAUUUUGAUAAAUGGCACAAUAGAUAAGACAGAAUACUUAGAUGAAAUAAAAGAGAGUUAUAAACCCCUAUUUGAUGUUUAUGAGAUUUCAGCUAAUUUUGAAAAACUAAAAAUUUCAAAAGAGAAGGAAAAGAAAAAAAAAAAAAAGAAAAAAAAAAGAGAAGAUAUUAAAGAAGAGAAAAAGGAACAAAAUAAAGAAUCAAACGAACAGAUACAUUUUCUUGAGUUUUCUUUAAAAAAUCCCCAUGAACAGCGUGAUAUUUUAAAAGGAAGGAAUCAGAACGAUCCUCAUAAAUUAGGAAAACGAAAUAAACAUAGUGCUACAUCUUCCGCGAUAAAUAUUGGAAUGAGAAAUAAUGAUAAUCAUACGGAUGUUAUAAGUAAAUCAAAUGAAUUUGAUAGCUUAAUUAAGGAUAGAAAUAUAGGUUAUGUUGACAACUUAGAUAAAAAGGAUAUGCACGUAGAAGAUAUUGGCUCAAAUGAAGAAGAAAUAUCAAAGCCAUCUCGUACAGUAAGAGCAGAAGGACAAAAUGAAGUGGAUGUAAAUGAAAUGAAAGGGAAGUCAGCUGAAGGACAAGCUGGUGAAGUAAUAAAACAGGAAGAACAAGGGAAAGAACACAACUUACAUGCCAGAGAAAAGGAGGCAAAUGAAAGACAAAAUGAGAAAGAGAAAAAGCAAAAUAAAGUUGAUAUACAUAAUGAUAGAGGUGAUAAUCAAAAUGGUGAGCAUAGCAAUCUCCAUGAUGAAGAUCAAGAAGAAGAAGAAAAUGAAAGCUCAGACGAUGUUGAUCAAAAAGAUAAAAAUUAUGAAUUAAAUGAAGAUGGAAAAGAUAUGAAUGAUGAAAUAAUAUCACGGGAAUUUAAUAAUUACACAAUUGUAACAAAUUCAAACGAUUUGUUAAGUGACAUUUCAGUGGAUGCAUCAGAAAUUUCAAAACUUAGCAUCGGAAACUUAAGUAUACCAUAUAAUGAAAAAAAUAGAACUACUUAUACUCACCAAAGACAUAUAGUACUUACCAAUAAAGGAAAUAAAAAAUAUAAGGUAGUUUUAAUAACAAAAAAUCCUAAAUUCGUUGAAGCUGAAGAGGAUGAAAACGAAGAUGACGCUGAAAGAGAGGAAAAUCCUAAACCAGUAGCAAUUAAAACGGAAGAAGUAGCUGGAAAAGGAGAAGUGGCCAGAAAGGUAGAAGCUCCUGAGAAAGGAGAAGGAGCUGAGAAUAGGGGAGCAACUGGGAAAGGGGGAACAAAUGAGAAAGUGGAAGGAGCUGAGAAUAGGGAAGAAGCUGAGAAACGGGGAGCAGUUGGAAUUCCAAGUGCAAUUCAAGAAACAAAUUUUAUUCAAAAGAAAAAGGGGGGAAAAGAUGAACAGGAUGAAAGUAUUAAACAUAGGAAUUUAUAUGAUGGAAUGGGAACCCUUGAUUUUAGCAAGGCUUACAAGAAUAAAAUAAGGAGUGAAAAGAGGAAAGAAGUAAGAGGCGAUAGUAGCGGUGGUAGUGAUAAUAGUAGUACUAGCAGUAGCAGCUACAGUGCUAGUACUAACAGUAGUAGUAGUGGUAGAGGUGGAGCAGGGAUGUUAAAACGUUUGCUCAACUUCUUAUCAUUUUCAAGUGAUGAACAUAAAGUAAAGAGCGAUUCAGACCAAACCAAGGAUAAAGAGAGUGCAAAAAAAAAUGACAAUAGUAAGGAAAUGAAUCCGGAUGAUGUAAACAGUAUUUUAAGUGUAGACAAAGUGGUAGAUCAAUACCUCCUUAAUCUGAAAAAUGGUGAUUCUUCAAAUCAAGAACUAAUAUUUGUGCUGAGAGGAGAUCUAGAUUUACACUCCCCUUUCAUGAAAAAUGUUAUAAAAAAUGCGAAUAAUAAAUUUGAGACAUACAUAAAAAAGAAUUUUGAGGAAGUAGAUAAAAUAUCUUAUGAUGUCUCUUCCCCAAUAAAUUUUUUAUGUUUUUUUGUGCCAAAUGUUUUUGAUAUGAAUAAUUACCAUAUACUAAAAGAGGCUUUAACAAUAUUAUACAAAGAAUUAGAAGAAUAUACAGAAAAUUGGAGCUUCUCAAAUAUGUAUGUAACAUUUGACACAAACAAUGAUCAUCUUUAUAAUAAGGACGAUGGUAUGAAUUACACAAAUGCUGGUCCUAUAAAGGAUGGAGAACAUGCUGAUACAAAUAGAAAAGGGCAAGCUGGAUUUGGACAAGAAGAAAAAGAAAAAAAGAAAGAGGAAGGGAAGAAAAAAUAUAUUAAAAAAAAGAAAAACUUAUAUAAUAUAAAAUAUUCGUUCUUACGCAAGUUCUGGAGCAUGGAUCCCUUCAUAUCAUUUGCACGAAAAAUGAAUAAAAGAAAUUUCCGUGUCCAAAAAGAAAUAUUAAAUUUCCUUCCAAAAGAAUUAAGAGAAUAUUCUACAUGGAAUCUGUCUAUUAUACGAGUUUUUAAUGCGUGGUUUUUAGCAGGAUAUGGAAAUAAAAAUGUAAAGGUAUGUGUUAUAGAUUCAGGAGUAGAUAAAAAUCAUAUUGAUUUAAUGAAAAAUAUAUAUAUUCCAGAAUAUACAGAUAAAUACGAAAUGACAGAAGGCUUUUACGAUUUUAUGGUAAAGAAUCCAACAGAUUCAUCAGGUCAUGGGACACACGUUACAGGAAUUAUUGGAGGAGAAGUAAAUGAUUUAGGUAUGGUUGGUGUAGCUCCUAAUAUUACACUAAUAUCUUUACGAUUUAUUGAUGGAGCAAAAUAUGGAAGUAGCUUUCAUGCUAUUAAAGCUAUAAAUGUUUGUAUAUUAAAUAAAGCACCAAUUAUUAAUGCCAGCUGGGGUUCUAGUAAAUAUGAUCCUAACAUAUAUUUAGCUGUUCAGAGAUUAAAAUAUACCUUUAAUGGAAAAGGGACUGUUUUGGUAUCAGCUGCAGGAAACGAAAAUAAAAAUAAUGAUGAACAUCCUUUGUAUCCCGCAAAUUUUAUGCUUCCCCAUGUGUACAGCGUUGCGUCCAUCAGCAAGAAUUUCGAAAUUUCUCCCUUUUCUAACUACGGGGUAAAGAGUGUUCACAUACUUGCUCCAGGGCACCACAUAUAUUCAACUACACCUAACAACUCAUACAAAAUAAACACAGGAACAUCCAUGGCAGCUCCUCAUGUAUGUGGAGUUAAUGCAUUAAUAUACUCAGUUUGUUACAACCAAGGAUUUAUUCCUUCAGCUGAGGAGGUGUUAGACAUUAUAACUAGGACAUCUAUCAAAGUUGUAUCUCGAAGAAGGAAAACAAUUAAUGACAGUUUAGUAAAUGCAGAAGCGGCUGUAUUAACGACAUUAUUAGGAGGGUUAUGGAUGCAGAUGGAUUGCCAUUUUGUUAAAUUUAAUUUAGAUAAAGGGCAAAAAAAACAUAUACCUAUUGUAUUUUCAGCAUAUAAAAACGGAGUAUAUGAAACUGAUAUUGUUAUAGCAGUUAUGCCUACUGAAGAAAAUUCUAAUGUUUAUGGUGAAAUUUUAAUACCUAUAAAAAUAGUAACUAAUACAAAAUUAGCAAAUUUUAAAGAAUCACCAAGAUAUGGAAAGAAAAUGGAUAUUGAUAGCAAUGAAGCUAGUAAUGAUGAAGUGCUGUCUUAUAUAUGUGAAAACGCUUUAUAUAAUUUAUACGAAACAGAUAAUUAUUUUCUUAUUACAUCGUUAGCUUUGUUUUUUGUAGCAUUUUUGUUAAUUGUUGCAGGGACAAUUUAUAUGACGAAAAAAAUAUAUCAUGAUGAAUACUGUAAUGACGAUAAUGAACAUAACUUUGAAAAUUAUAACGUGGCGGAGAAAAGACAUAUCUUACAUGGUCCAAAAUGUGAAGAUCUUGAAAAAGAAAAGAAAGAACAUAUAGAAAAAUUAAAUAACCGUGUAAGAUUUAGUAUUAUUAAAGGAAAAGAUAGAAAUUCUAUUUUAAUGAAUGAUGUACCAAAAAAACUGAAAUUCGAAAACUGCGACUUAGUAAAUAGAUCGGCGUUAAGGCGUGGGGAUACCAAAAUUUCGGGAGAUAAAAACGUUAACGAGACGCUAAACAAAUUAGAUGAUAUGUUCAUGGAAUAA